AUGUCCAUCGUCUCCAUCUCCGGUCAAGACCCUCGCGACAAGGUGUUCGCCUUGCCAGAGAUCUGCGAGCGCAUCUCCCGCUCCCUAGACCGUAAGGCCAUCACCUCGUGCUCGCGCGUCAGUCGGGCAUGGAAUGCAUCCUGGCUACCGAUCCUUUGGCACACCAUCGACGCAGGGAAACAGUGGCACCAACCCGCCUUUCUGGACGCUCUCGGCAGACAUGGUGAUCUGAUCCGGAUCCUCAAAUGCUCACGAUACGACGACAUCAGCCUGCUCUUCAGUGUCGAUGCCGCUAUCUGCAGGAAUCUCAUUACCCUGGUCCUCCCAAAGACCACCCUGGCAAACGAAGCUGAUCAUGUACGUCUCCUUCAGCAGAACCCUCACCUUCACAACCUCUCGCUCUCCAUCCACGAUGACCCGUCUUCCAGCUACGCCCGUCUUAUUGAAGCGGUCUGCGAAUUACGCUUCUUGAGAAGGCUAGCCUUUGACGAGAACAAAACGCUUCAAGUCAGCACACUUGAGACCAUCCUGAGCAAACGCAAUGGAUCGCUACAAGAGCUCUCGCUAAAAGGAACGUAUUUUAUCAAGCACCCCUUUGGAUCCGCAGAGGAAUUCGCGUCAGGACUCUUGGCGGCAUCUGAUCUAGCUGGACAAACUUCAGCAGAAGCACUAUCCAAGGACAUUAAGAUCGAGUCCAAAGAGUCGUUCGGGAUCCGGUCCUUGUGCAUGGACAGCGUCACAUGUAUGCAGGACUUGGUGCUUAACCUCGGCAGCCGAUUCCCGUUACUCAAUCGACUCUCACUCCGAGAAUCAGCCGAGGUGUACUUUAGCAAGGACUUUCCUGCACGACUAGCUAAGCGCUGCCCCAAAAUUAAGCAUUUGGACAUAUCGUGUUCGGAGGACAUGGACGAUGCCACAAUCGCCAGUUUGAUCGCAUCCUUCCCCAGCUUGCAAACAUUCCACGCAGCAGAGACACGGUUUGGGAACAAAAGUCUUAUGGCAUUGGUGGAAUACUGUGGAGGCCUUACUGUUCUUGACAUCAACACGACGUACGGGAUCCAGGGUGAAAUCGUUCAACAACUGCUCGAGAGAUGCUGGGGACUCAGGAAACUGGAAGGCUGGGAUGUCUCGGUAAAUGUGGGCAAAAUGAUGGCGGAGGCGUAUAAAAGUGGACGGGCAGCAAGCGCAGGACCUGUCGUUGCCCACACAGACAGCUCUAUCCUUCGAACAAAGCAUUCCAAUCAUCAGGGUCUUCGGGGACAGUGGGCAUGCCUUGAGCUAGAGUCUUUGGUCCUGCGCUUUGAUUACGACUCCAGCGAAAUGACCGAAGACGAGAAGCGACUGUAUCCGCCUUCAUUAGCGCGACGAUUCGUCUACGAACAAUUGUCAAAGUUGAAAAAACUAAAGUACCUGGCCAUCGGCGCGACUCUACUGAACAAUGGAGAGCAUGGGAGCGAUUUCGAAGGUGAAGGGGAUAAGGACGAGACAAGCGAUAGCAUCUGGAUCGACUUUUCGCUGCGAUCUGGGCUUGCGCUGUUGGUGCCACUCACGGACCUCCACACGUUGUGUCUGAGUGCAAUCGACCAUGCCGUCGAAGUGCCUGAGAUCGUGUGGAUGAGCAAGAAUUGGCCGAACCUGAGGACUAUCGAAGGACUCUACGAAGACGAUGACGAACAAGUCGUUCAAUGGCUACGGGAAAGUCGUCCUGAUAUUGAGAUUGACGAGGAAUAG